UUCAAUUUCCGGAUCACCCUCUCUCUUGGCAUUUGGCAUUGUAAUCUCCCUCUCUCUAUCUCUCUCGCUCUCACCACUAUAAAUUCACGUUUCAAGACAAUAAGGAAGAAAAACCCGUAUCUAGUUCUCAGGGAUCACUGGUCUUCUGAAAGCGGACGCAUCUCCUGUGCUUCGGUGCUCAGUUCUGUUUUCUUAGCAAUGGCGGGGAACGACUGGAUAAACAGCUAUUUGGAAGCGAUUCUGGAUGCAGGGCCGGCAAUCGAUGCCUCCAAGUCCUCACUGCUGUUGCGAGAGAGGGGGAGGUUUAGCCCCACGAAGUACUUCGUGGAGGAGGUCAUCACUGGAUUCGAUGAAACCGAUCUUUACAAGUCAUGGCUUCGGGCGGCGGCGACGAGGAGUCCGCAGGAGAGGAAUACGAGAUUGGAGAAUAUGUGUUGGAGAAUUUGGAACCUUGCCCGCAAGAAGAAGCAGAUUGAAGGAGAGGAAGCCCAACGCUUGUCGAAGCGCCGAUUAGAACGUGAAAGAGGCCGCCGAGAUGCUACUGCAGACAUGUCUGAAGAUUUGUCAGAAGGAGAGAAAGGAGAUACUGUUAGUGAGCUGUCUUCCCAUGGAGAUAGCACAAGAGGCAGAAUGCCUAGGAUCAGCUCAAUUGAUGCUCUUGAUGCUUGGGCAAGUCAGCUUAAAGACAAAAAAUUGUACAUAGUAUUAAUCAGCAUUCAUGGUCUGAUACGUGGUGAAAAUAUGGAGCUUGGUCGAGAUUCUGACACUGGUGGUCAGGUCAAAUAUGUUGUAGAGCUUGCCAGAGCAUUAGGUGCAAUGCCUGGAGUUUAUCGAGUCGAUUUGCUGACUCGGCAAAUAUCUGCUCCAGAUGUUGAUUGGAGCUAUGGGGAGCCCACAGAGAUGUUAGCUCCUAGUUAUUCUGAAAAUUUUCAUGAAAUGGGGGAGAGCAGCGGUGCUUAUAUAGUACGAAUACCAUUUGGUCCAAGAGAUAAAUAUAUUCCCAAAGAGCUUCUCUGGCCAUAUAUUCAGGAGUUUGUGGAUGGUGCAUUGAGCCACAUCAUGCAGAUGUCCAAAGUCUUAGGAGAGCAAAUUGGUUGGGGGCAACCUGUAUGGCCAGCUGCAAUUCAUGGUCAUUAUGCUGAUGCUGGUGAUUCCGCCGCCCUCCUGUCUGGGGCAUUGAAUGUACCAAUGAUUUUCACAGGUCAUUCUUUGGGCAGAGAUAAGCUCGAACAACUCCUGAAACAAGGACGUAUGACCCGGGAUGAAAUUAAUGAAACUUAUAAGAUAAACCGUAGAAUUGAAGCUGAGGAAUUGGCUCUUGAUGCCUCUGAAAUUGUUAUUACAAGUACUAGGCAGGAAAUAGACGAGCAGUGGUGCUUAUAUGAUGGAUUUGAUGUUAUUCUUGAGAGGAAAUUACGGGCUAGAAUUAAACGAGGUGUCAGUUGCUAUGGUCGUUUCAUGCCUCGUAUGGUUGUGAUUCCCCCAGGAAUGGAAUUCAAUCAUAUAGUUGUAAAUGAUGGUGACGUUGAUGGUGAUGUAGAUGGAAAUGAAGAGAAUCCACCUUCACCUGAUCCUCCAAUUUGGGCCGAGAUCAUGAGGUUUUUCACUAAUCCGCGUAAACCCAUGAUUCUUGCUCUUGCUCGACCUGACCCAAAAAAAAAUAUUCUGACACUGGUGAAAGCAUUUGGAGAAUAUCGUCCAUUAAGGGAGCUUGCAAAUCUGACAUUGAUAAUGGGCAAUCGGGAUGCUAUUGAUGAUAUGUCAGGUACAAAUGGAGCUGUACUAACUGCUGUACUCAAAUUGAUUGACAAAUAUGAUCUUUAUGGGCAAGUAGCAUAUCCUAAACACCACAAGCAAUCCGAAGUUGCUGAUAUUUACCGUUUAGCUGCAAAGACAAAGGGCGUUUUCAUUAAUCCUGCCUUCAUUGAACCAUUUGGACUCACACUGAUAGAGGCUGCAGCACACGGUCUGCCUAUUGUAGCCACAAAAAAUGGAGGUCCGGUGGAUAUUAUUCGGGUACUUGACAACGGAAUAUUAGUUGAUCCACAUGAUCAGGACAGUAUUUCUUCGGCACUUUAUAAGCUUGUUUCUGAUAAGCAACUUUGGGCUCGGUGUCGGCAAAAUGGAUUGAAAAACAUCCACCUUUUUUCUUGGCCAGAGCAUUGCAAGACAUACUUGUCUCGAAUAGCUAGUUGCAAGCCAAGGCAUCCUCAAUGGAAAAGGAGUGAAGAUGUGCUUGAAAAUUCGGACUCAGAAUCUCCAGGUGAUUCUCUACGGGAUAUUCAGGACAUAUCGCUGAACCUAAAGCUUUCAAUAGAAGGUGAUAAAACUGAAGAGAGUGGUAACCUGGAUGCUUUGGAUUCUGAAGAAAGCAUUGCUGAUAGAAAGACCAAAUGGGAAAAGGCGGUCCUAAAAUUGUCCAAAGGCGUUAGUAAAGUAACUCAUAAGGCUGGAUCUGGUGAGAAACACGAUCAGAGCAGCAGUGCUAGCAAGUUACCUGCAUUGAGGAGGAGGAAAAACAUUUUUGUCAUUGCUGUUGACUUUGAUUCUGAGACAAGUGUUAUUGAAAUUAUUCUUAAGAUAUUUGAGGCUGUACAUAAGGAGAGGAUAUCUGGAUCUAUUGGGUUUGUACUAUCAACAGCAUUGACAAUUUCGGAGAUUUAUUCCCUUCUGAUUGCUGGAGGAAUAGCUGCUACUGAUUUUGAUGCUUUCAUUUGCAACAGUGGCAGCGAUCUCUAUUACCCAUUUUCAGAUUCAGAGGACUCGAUUAAUUCCUCUGAUUUACCUUUUGAGCUUGAUUUGGAUUAUCAUUCGCAGAUUGAGUAUAGAUGGGGUGGAGAAGGAUUAAGAAGGACUUUAGUUCGUUGGGCUGCUUCUAUCAUUGACAAGAAUGGUGCAAAUGAGGAACAAGCAGUUGUUGAAGAUGAAGAUAGGUCUUCUAACUAUUGUCACGCAUUUAAACUGAAGAACCCUGCACUGGUUCCUCCUAUUAAAGAGCUUCGUAAGUUGAUGCGGAUUCAGGCACUUCGUUGUCAUGCUUUAUAUAGUUAUGAUGGAACAAAGCUACACGUGAUUCCCAUCCUGGCUUCUCGUUCUCAAGCUCUAAGGUACUUGCACGUGAGAUGGGCUACAGACUUGUCUAACAUUGUGGUCUUUGUUGGUGAAAGUGGCGACACUGACUAUGAAGGAUUGCUUGGAGGAAUCCACAAAACUAUAAUACUGAAGGGAGUCUGUAAUACUCCAAAACCUCCAGUUUCAAUCAGAAACUAUGCCCUUGAGGAUGUUGUCGCAUUCAACAGCCAAAAUAUUGUUAAAACCGAGCAAGGCUUUAGCCCCGCUGAAAUAUUGUCUGCUCUGCAAAAGCUAAGUUUACUGAAAGACUAAUUCCCACCAUUUUACUUAAUAUAAAGCAAUCCCUACACUCUUUCUUUACUUCAAUUCUCUUAUUCAGUCUCUGUACAGUCAACUUGAAUAUCUUGAGUUGUUCCCUGUGCAGUCCUGAAACAAGGCAUGUGGUUUCUUCAUGUCUUCUAGUCAAAAUUUUACUGCAUAUUCUCAUGUUUUCCUUGAUUCCUAUCUUGUUCAAUCUGAGUUAUUCAAAGCCUUAUUACCUUAUCUAAAGCCUUAUUUGUUGUUCAUGUAAUAAUUAAAACACAUUUUGCUCCUUGUAAUUACUUCUUAGUUGCAAGAUAUCCAGCAGUAGUUGUAUUUUGAAAGGAUCCUUUCUUUUUAAAGGCCUGCUACACAAUCACAGCACUUUGCGACGUGCAAGGCUUGACAGCUACAGCUGACCAGAGAACUUUCUGAAUCUCCCAUGGCGUAUUCCUAUAGCUUUUGUAUUUAUGUCGUACAAGUAUGAAGGGAUAUGGCAAAAAUUAUCAAAUGAUUUGGCCUUUUUGUAAGUUUUUGUUUUGUGACGAUUUGUCAACUAUUAUAUCAAAUUCAAUUCUGAUAUCUGGUUGAACCACACUGUGAUGACUCCAGUAUUUGUAUUGUUUUAUAUAAUGGCAUAUAAUAUUAGAUUUAUUUUGGA